GGGCUGAACUGCUUAUAAGGAGAGUAGAGUAGUAACAGUGUUCUUCUGUGUCCAUUUCCUCUGUCUUUCUUCACAGCUGCACUCCUCUGGAUCAACCACUUUUCCUCUGGUUCAGAUGAAUGCUAUCUUUAAUUAAUUGAGUACAAAAGAGACAAAAAGGCUGUAACUACACCAUUACAAUACAAACCGAAUCUGCUGGGCUUACUAAAAACAAGCAGCGCGGAGGUGCUUAAUAAGCCUUUUUAAGGUUAAUGUUUAUCUUUGAAAGAAGACAGGGGAACAAAGAUGCAGGGAAUGGAUUUUGAGGAUAAGAAGUCCAAGAGGUAUUGCAUGAAGAAAAAGCAUGUGGCCAUCAUCUGUGCAGUAGUGGCUGCAGUGGGUUUAGCUGUGGGACUUGGCGUGGGAUUAAGCAGACCUGAGCCUUGCCAACCUUCCGGAGGCACAGAACAGCCAGCAACCACUACUCCUGUGACAGUGGAGACACGACACUGCCCUCCCAAAAAUGAUGCAGAUGGAGAAUGGACAGAUUUCAGGCUACCCACUUACAUUAACCCAGAACACUAUGAGCUGGAAGUGAAGCCUCUGAUGGAUGCAGAUAUCUACACAGGGACAGUCAACAUCUCCAUCAAGUUGGGGAAACCUACCAAGUACUUGUGGCUUCACCUCCGAGAGACCAAGAUCACAGAGCUACCCAUGCUCUGGAAAUCCUCAGGGCAGCAGAUUGCACUGAUCGAAUGUUUUGAAUAUGAACAACACGAAUAUGUGGUGAUGGAGGCAAAAGAGAUGCUCUCUGCUACUACUGCAAAUGACAACUAUAUACUAACCCUGAAGUUCCAAGGCUGGCUGAAUGGCUCCCUCGUUGGAUUUUAUAGAACCACCUACACUGAGAAUGGAGUGACCAAGAGCAUAGCAGCUACUGAUCAUGAGCCAACAGAUGCACGGAAGUCGUUUCCUUGCUUUGAUGAGCCCAACAAAAAGGCAACUUACACCAUAUCAAUCAUCCAUAAAGAACCAUUCAAAGCACUCGCAAACAUGCCCGUAGAGCAAACGGUUCAAGUAGGUGAUGGCUGGAACAGGACAACUUUUCAGAAAUCUGUCCCAAUGAGCACAUAUUUGGUGUGCUUUGCUGUGCACCAGUUUGAAUGGAUAGAAAGAAAGUCUGCCAGUGGAAUUCCUCUCAGGAUAUAUGCACAGCCACAGCAAAUACAAACAGCAGAAUAUGCAGCAAAUGUUACUAAAGUUGUAUUUGACUACUUUGAACAGUAUUUCGAUAUGAACUACUCUCUUCCAAAAUUAGAUAAAAUAGCUAUUCCAGAUUUUGGUACUGGUGCUAUGGAAAACUGGGGUCUGAUCACUUACAGAGAAACAAACCUACUUUACGAUCCCAAAGAAUCUGCUUCGUCCAACAAACAGAGAGUGGCAGCUGUGAUUGCCCAUGAGCUCGUUCACCAGUGGUUUGGAAACAUUGUGACCAUGGACUGGUGGGACGACUUGUGGCUAAAUGAAGGAUUUGCCAGUUACUUUGAGUUCCUAGGAGUAAAUGCUGCAGAAACUAAUUGGCAAAUGCUUGAUCAGGUGUUAAUUGAUGACGUGCUGCCUGUGAUGAAGGACGACUCCUUGUUGUCUUCUCACCCUAUUGUGGUCAGUGUGUCAUCUCCAGCUGAAAUAACAUCUGUAUUUGAUGGCAUAUCAUACAGCAAGGGAGCAUCAAUUCUCAGAAUGCUUCAAGAUUGGAUUACACCAGCAAAGUUUCAAAAAGGAUGUCGGGAGUACCUAAAGAACUACCAAUUCCAGAAUGCAAAGACAGAUGAUUUCUGGGAAUCCCUGGCACUGGCAAGUGAUAAGCCAGUGAAGGAAGUGAUGGACACCUGGACUAGGCAGAUGGGAUACCCUGUAUUGAGUGUGGAAGCUAAUUCAAAGAUCACACAGAGACGUUUUCUGUUGGACCCCUCAGCAAAUUCUUCUGAACCGACCUCUGCACUAGGUUACACAUGGAAUAUCCCAGUGAAAUGGCGUGCUGGGACCGAAACAAAUGUUACAUUCUACAAUAAGUCAGUAUCUGCAGCCACAGGAAUUACUAUAACACCCAGCAACCCUGAUUCUUUACUGAAAAUAAAUCCAGACCACAUUGGAUUUUAUCGUGUAAAUUAUGAAACACAAACUUGGAACAACAUAAGCAGAUUAUUGGCUAUCAGCCAUACGUCUUUUUCUUCUGCUGAUCGUGCCGGGCUUCUGGAUGAUGUGUUUUCUUUGGCAAGGGCUGAACUUUUGAAUUAUGCUGUUCCACUGAAUCUAACAAAAUAUCUACAAAAUGAAGAGGAUUAUUUACCUUGGCAUAGAGUUAUAUCAGCUGUAUCUUACCUCAGAGACAUGCUUGGAGAUGAUAUAGAGCUCUACCCCAGGUUUAAGACAUACUUUCGCAGUCUGGUUAAACCCAUUGCAAAUAAGCUGGGUUGGAACGAUGAUGAAACUGGAAGCCAUGUGAUGAGGCUUCUUCGUGCAGAUGUUUUAGGAUUUGCAUGCAGCAUGGACGACCAGGAUGCUUUGAACAAUGCAUCUAGCUUAUUUUAUUCCUGGUUAAAUGGAGCAAGUCCAUCUGUAAAUCUCCGGCUCUUGGUAUAUCGCUAUGGGAUGCAGAACUCCGGCAAUGAGACAUCAUGGAACUAUAUGUUUCAGAAAUACCAAAGUACUUCAUUAGCUCAAGAAAAAGAAAAGCUGCUCUAUGGUCUGGCAUCAGUGAAGAACAUCACCCUUUUGGACAGGUAUCUAAAAUAUAUUUACAACACCAGUCUUAUUAAAAGUCAGGAUGUGUUCACUGUCCUGAGAUACAUCUCCUAUAACAGCUAUGGCAAAACCAUGGCUUGGGACUGGAUACGGCUCAACUGGGAAUACUUAGUCAGCAGAUACACAAUCAAUGAUAGAAAUCUUGGUCGAAUAGUAUCAAUAACCCAAACAUUCAACACUGACCUUCAGCUUUGGGAGAUGGAAAAUUUCUUUGAAAAAUACCCUAAUGCUGGAGCAGGACAAGCACCCAGAAAACAGGCUCUCGAAACAGUAAAGAAUAAUAUUGAAUGGCUAAAACAAAACAAGGGAGAGAUAGAAGCAUGGCUAACAACUUAAUGUUUUACUUCAAAGUUGCAAAGAAUUAAAAAUAUAUUGUCUUAAUUUUAUGCACUUACUGUUUCUUACAUGAACAUUUGGGAAUCCAUUUACAAAUGCUGUCUCUGAAUCCUACAAACACUUAUGCACUUGAAUAACUUUACUCAUGUAAGAUAAAUAAGACUACCUGUAAGAGUAAAGUUACUCAAGUUAUAAAAAAAAUUGCAGGGUUGGGCUCCUGUUUGUACUUCCCACCUACUGCUUUGAAAAAUGUACCCCUUUGUUUAUGUAGAAAGAAACCCAUUUAAGAGUAUUUAAAACACUCAGGGAUACCCUUCCAACUGUAUUUUACAGGUGGUCUAUUCCAAGGGAAUUAAGUAGUAAUUUGAACUUGUUUUAAAAUCAUUUUAUAUAUUUAUACUUGUAAAAGCCAGCAUGUGGGAUUUAGCUUUGUGUUCUUAGUACUAAAGAAAUGUCAGUUAAUUUUGUUUCCCGAUUGAUUCUUUAAAAGUGUAACUAUUGGUAUUCAAGGGAUCAAUAUUACCAACCUACUGUUUAAGUUUAUUAUUUGGGAUUCUGUAAUUUUUAUAUUUUGUUUUUCUCUCUAAAUCCUGUCAAAGUAACCAGCGCCUAGGAUAGAAGUCACUGUAUGUUUUAGACAAGGAAAUGGGUACCUGUUACCUCUCUUUCCAUAAGAAGAGCAAAAACAAAAACCAACAAAAACUAGGAAACGCUCACUCUUAACUAGGAAGUAAAAGACUGGCCACCACUGCCUUUUUGAAAAACAUCAACCACUGCUUCUUAAGAAUUUCAGAUAUGGCAAUCACCUCCAGCCCUAGGAGGGGCAAAUUCAUCCCUGUGCUGGACCUAGGGCUGGCCCAGGAACACGGGGAAAAACAGAUUGUGCCUCCUCUAUCCAGGAACAACUGGGGGCCAGUUUGUCUCCCAGUGCAGGCUACUGAGUAGAACAGAGUUGGCCAAACUUAUCCACUAUUUCAAUGGGCCACUGCAGGAGUGCAGAAUCAAUGGAGAGUAAAAGCACACCUCCUUUCACCCUGGAAUGUCCCCCAGCAGGCGGGAGGGUGAGUGAGGCUGCUGAAGAGAUGGCACAGAUCUGGCUGUGCACCAGGGAUAGAGAAAUAUCCUAGGAACAGGGGGCUCCUGUGCAGCUACUCCUGCCUUAUGCCACCCCUCCAACCCAUUUGUUCCACCUUAGCUGGUGCAAAAAGGGGAUGCAGAACAACUGUGAAUCUGGAUCCAGCUGUGAAAGAAUAAGCAGUUUCUUCACUUUCAGAGAUUUGAGAAUCAGAACUGAUGCUUCCUCAUGUUCUAUUGACCCCUUACACAUGUUUCAGGCCAAAUUCACCCUAGGAUGUGCAGGUAGCUUCCAUUGAGGUCAGAGAAUUCUAGUGAUCGCUAGUCAAUUGCUAUGUGAAAGGAAAGUGUCAGCCAGCAUUCCGCAAAUAAACAUUUAAGGAUUUUAACCUGCAAUGGUUACAACCCACUGCUGUCAUAUACUUCCAAUUGUGAUGGGAACAUGGCAAAGAGCCAAGUGACUUCUUCAGUGCUCUCGCCUUUGCCCAGCAAUGAAAGUGAGGCAAUUGUACAGAACCAAAACAUGCACAGACCCUGAACAAAAUCUUUCACUUCCUCCCCCCCUCAAUAUGAAGAACUAUUUCAUAUUGUGGUGGAAUCUCCAUCCUUAGAGGUUUUUAAGGUCAGGCUUGACAAAGCCCUGGCUGGGAUGAUUUAGUUGCUGUUGAUCCUGCUUGGAGCAGGGGGUUGGACUAGAUGACCUCCUGAGAUCUCUUCCAACCCUAAUAUUCUAUGAUUCUAUAUUUAUAAUGAGCCCUUGUCUGGACAAGUACAUAUCACAUGCGUCUUAGACCCCAUCAUCUUUUGUUUGUCCCUUUAAAGAUUUUUAUGAUUGAAUAAAGCAAAUAAAUAUGGUGAAUAAAGCAAAUAAA